AAACGUGACUAAAAUUUAUCUUUAUUGAAUUAAAUUUGUAACCGUCUAUCAUUCCGGCAUACUAGUAUGUAUGUUAGAUGCCAGUAAUUCUAAAGACGUGGAUAACGUUGAAACUGUGGCAAACAAUAAUAUGGAAAAACACGAAGACACCAUUCAACUUAAAGAUGCAGGAACUACCAAUGGUGAUACAUGCCCCGAGAAACAGCGAGAGACUUUAGUACAGACAGACUUUGAGGAGGAGAAACUUUUUCACUAUGACGUGUUUGAAAAUCCGCCCAUUUUUUUGGCUAUUGUCUUUGCAAUGCAGCAAGUGUUAAUGUCAUUGUCGAGAUCACUAUCAACGGCGUUACUUGUGGCUGAUAUUGUUUGCGCACGGACGGACGAAAACUUUAAAGCACGGCUACUAAGUACAACACUUUUUAUAUCUGGCAUUACAACAUUUCUGCAAAAUACUGUUGGUGUCAGAUUGCCUUUAUAUCAAGGACCGGCAAUGACCUACCUAGUUCCUUUGUUGGCUAUGUCCUCAUUACCAGAAUGGCGUUGCCCAGAUUUGACAUUCCAAGAUACACCAGAUAUAGCCAAUACCACUGGUUUACCAACAAUAUCCAAUGCGUCUGAUUCGAUGGCAUAUGACCAAGCAUCAGUUCUUGACAAAGUACAGAGGCUUGAAGGUAGUCUCAUGAUAGCGGGUGCUUUACAUAUGUUGGUGGGCCUUACAGGUAUCGUCGGUCUUUUGAUCAACUUUAUUGGACCGGUCACCAUUGUACCAGCCCUAACCGUAAUUGGAAUAUACAUCUACAAGGCAACAACGAAGUUUGCAAAGACACAGUGGGGUGUUUCAAUGCUGACUGUGUGCUUAGCUAUGGUAUUGUCGUUCUACCUGAGGAUGAAGAAAACGCCUAUACCUGUAUGGUCACCUGGGAGAGGCUUUCGUAUUGUGCGGUUUCCUUUCCAUCAAAUGUUUUCGGUAUUGAUUUCAUGUAUAGUCGGUUGGUUGGUGAGCGCGAUUCUCACGGCGUGUGAUGUAAUUCCCAACGAUCCAUUAAGUGAUAGUUACUAUGCCAGAACUGACUCCAGACUUGAAGUAAUAGGAGAGACGAGUUGGUUUAUUUUCCCUUAUCCUGGCCAAUUUGGACCGCCGGGAUUCGACACGGGUGCUCUGAUAACUUUCCUGAUGGGUACGCUGAGUUCAGUAAUAGACUCCAUAGGUGAUUACUACGCAUGUGCAAAAGUUUGUGACGCUCCUCCUCCACCUAAGCAUGCUGCUAAUAGAGGUAUAGCUAUAGAAGGAUUUAUGAGUUUUAUUGGUGGAUGGUCUGGUGCGAGCCAUGCUACAUCAACUUUUGGCGGCAACAUAGGAGCUAUUGGAAUUACUAGGGUGGCAAGUCUUAGGGUUUUCCAAUUAGUUGGAAUUAUUUUUACCGUCUUUGGUGUGAUUGGGAAGAUUGGUGCUAUUUUCGUCACUAUUCCAUACAGCGUCAUUGGCGGGAUGAUGAUGAUUAAUUUUGGCGUACUGAUUGGAGUGAUGCUAUCCAAUUUACAAUUUAUAGACCUGUCCUCGACAAGGAACCUUGGGAUUAUAGGAAUGUCUAUACUGAUGGCGAUGAUGUUACCAUACUGGGUAGAAAUCACACCAAACGCGAUACAGACAGGGGUACCAACACUUGACAGCGUUUUCACGAUGUUUUUGGCAAAUCCUGCAUUUGUGGCAUUUGUUCUCGCAUGCUUUAUGGAUAACACAAUGCCAGGUACUGAAGAGGAACGAGGCCUAUCUGCUUGGAAAGCUAGUAUGGGCGUAGAAAAGGAAACAAACAUAUCAGAAAAGUCUACUAAGGACGAAAUCAGGCUGAGGAAAUUAAGGAAAACAAUUUACACUGUCCCUUUUUCAAAACAACUUGUCAAAAGAUUUAAAUGUUUACGAUUUUUACCAUUUUAUCCAAAAUAGUCAAGGUUGUCCAUGCGUCAAAUAGAUUUAAUGAAUUCAUUCAUUCAAUUUAGUGUAAACCUCAUCCUUAAUGGUCCUAUUAGAAAACCAGUGUGGAGAAAAAAUAAUAGAGUUUUUUUUCCACAAGACUUAACUGGUAUAUUGACUUUUUGUUGUUGAGAAAGGGAAUACCCGGCUGUCGUCCUAACGAGGCUCUUUCGUGUUAAGGAAAGCACAUUUUCACUCAGUGAAAGAUCAUUUUCUCGCACAGUUACUGUUUCCUUCAAGUAAUAGAAAAAUGAAAUAAAACAAUGACGCUCUUUAA